CCGCGGCAAGGUCUGUGCGCGAGACACAGGCACCCGGGCAGGCGGUGGCACGAGCCUCCCCCACUCCCUGCUCGCACGCGCCGGCUGGGUCUCUGCUGCACAGCCAGGAGCCGGAGCGGCAAGGAGGCGACGCUCAAGCAAGCGGACCAGCGCCUGCGAAAGAUGGAAGGAGCCUCCUUUGGAGCGGGCAGGGCAGGGGGGGCCGUUGACCCUGUGGAUUUCCUCAAGCAGCCUCAGACCAUUCUCAGGAUAGUGGCCUGGGUCUUCUCCAUCGUGGUGUUUGGCUCCAUCGUCAACGAGGGCUACGUCAACGAUGAGAAGGAGGCAGAACUCAGGUGCGUCUUCAAAAAGAACGAGGAUGCCUGCAACUAUGGCAUUGCCAUCGGCAUCAUUGCCUUCUUCGCCUGCAUCUUCUUCUUCAUCGUCGACCUCUACUUCCAGCAGAUCAGCAGCGUGAAGGACCGGAAACGGGUUGUCCUGCUGGACCUGGGGUUUUCAGGUUUGUGGUCCUUCCUAUGGUUCAUAGCUUUCUGCUUCCUGGCCAACCAGUGGCAGCACACACCAGCCAGCAGAGAAGCGUCUCAAGGAGCAGAUGCCGCCCGGGCAGCCAUCGCCUUCUCAUUCUUCUCCGUCCUCUCCUGGGUUGCCCUGACGGUGAUGGCCAUGCAGAGAUACCACCUGGGGACUGACAUGUCUCUCUUUGCCACGGAUCAGUUUGCCACUGACCCCAAUACAGGAUACCCAGGAUACCCCACUGGCAGCGGCAUUGAAAGCACGGAAACCUAUCAGAGCCCCCCAUUUUCUGAGACCAUAGACACCAGUCCAAAAGGUUAUCAGGUGCCGACUUACUAAAGGACGGCGAGCUCAGCACGGUCAUGUAAAAGAAGACAAAGGUCUUCUCAUGGUGCAGUACAAUUAACUGGUUGAUUGCAAGUGUAUUAAGUACCAUUUCCUUAAUGUGGCAAGUCAGUGCUGGGUAACUUACUAUUAGCUAGUUGUGCAGUGAAUUCUGUACAGUAGUAUUGGUUCUUGUCUUACCUAAGGGUUUUUUUAUAAAAGCAGUGUUCCCUCUAAGUCUGAAACAGAAGGAAGGUUGCUACUACACAAAAUACACGUGGCAACCACAAAAACACCACCACAAUUUUCUUUGACUUGUUUAAAUGCCAAACGUUAGCAAUGAAUUUUGCUGAGCACCCAGGAAAGUAGACAAUAAUUCUCCUGUUAGAAUACACAAUAGCUGAUGAGUUGAUGGUUAUCUCAUUCUUCCAGAGCUAACACAGAAUUGUUCUUGUUUUGAUGAACCUGGGGUUGCACACACAGCGCCCGUUCAUUCUAGCCUCAUAGCUUCCCACUGCGAGAAGCCACUACAGAGCUUUCUUGUGCUGCAUAGAAAGUAGUCUAUGGAAAGUGCCAAAUUUAAAAAGAAAAAAGAAUCAUCUCUGUGUUGUUUCUAAUUUGUAUAUAUGUACUGUACAAAAUAACUGAACCGAUGUUGCAAACUUUAGCUUAGGAUUCAGGCAUCACUGGUUUUGCUUUUUUUAAAAAAAAACCCCGUUGAAUAACCGAAUCUCUUAUCUGCUUCAACUUUGUAUGUUUAGGAUAUUAAAAAUUACCAUUUCAACUUGGUUUGGAAAACAAUUCUGCAAAUGAUUUGUCUGCUAAUUGGAAAGACCACUUAUUAGUGGGAAAUAUGGUAUGUUACUGUUCAAUGCCAACGUUAGGUUUGUCACACUAAACAGCUUGCAGAUUUACAAUGGGUUGCUACCAGUGAUACUGAACAACUAUUUACUCUAUAAUUUAAAGUUGCCGACACAAGUGGUGUGGACAUGUUAAAACACAGUGACUCAACUUUAAAUCUAAUCAAUUGGAAAGCCUGGCCUUGAUUUUGAUAUUGGCAAGUGCCACCAUCUGCCAUUAACAAGCAAAUAAAUUCAGGUGUGAAUAUAUUGUUACACUGCAGCUGCUAGAAAUAUGUAAAUCAUUCAGAUGUUAUAAAGCAAGACUGAAAAGCCAUUCAGCUUGAUAGCAUGAGCAGUAAAUGAAGAGUAAACCAUGACCCAUAUCUUCAGUUAAUGUGAGAGAAUUAACCAAGUGAGUUAAUAUAAAAUGUGAAGGGGAAAAUGUUUGAAUUUUAGUUAUCAUCUGCAAAACGAUCAGCUUAUUAGAAUCAAAUGAAUGUAAACCAUACAAAAUCCAGUAGAUCGUCUACCCCAGUAAUACACUGUCCCAGGUUAUCCAGCUGACCAUGGUGGUGGUUGUGCAGCAUUUUCUCUCUGACGACAAACUUCAAGGAUAGCAGACAUCUGGAUGAGUUAAAUGUUGAUGCUCCUACUGCCAUGAUGGGAGCUUUGCUCUGUAUUUAAGAUGAUCCAUUGCUAAUCUGGAUCAAUUUGAUUUGGUUAAUUUGUUUGUUUUUUUUAAACGAGAGCCAGUUCAAAAGUAUAUUUCUUGUUUGCAAAAUGUGUGUGUUAGUGAGGCAGUUGAAAGGUCUUGUGACUUCUGACCUCAUGAUGAGCACCUAGUUAAAAUGACUUUCCCCCACUUUUCUUGUAGUAAAAACCAUUUUGUCAUCAAUGCAACUCAUUUCAACAGCUAUUUAAAUUGCAAAUAAAUAUGUUAAUUAACAGUGACACACAGUCAUAAGCAGUUUCUGUCACUGACAAAAUGGAGUUAGUUGAACUCCUGACUAUCCAGAAAGGAUUAAAUGUGCAUUCCCAGUGAAAGUUACAUUUACUGCACCUGAAAGAGGCAAGCUUAGCUGCCAGUGUCUAGAAAAAUAAACCGGAGCAGGUUUUUCACAUUACAGUGACAAAACUGAAAACUUGUCCCUGUUUAGCUUCGGUCAUUUUUGGCGCUGCUUUGAGAUGAAUUUGCAUCCAAUCUGACGUUCCAAACACCUGAGAAUUUCUGCAUGACUGAAUCCCAUUGCCACAGGGUUCCUGUCCCAAAUAGCAAAGGAGCUGAGGACAAGCCACAGAUUGCUGCUCUUCUUUAAGCCAGCCACUUCCUGCUGGCCUGAAGCAGGGAGAUGCAACAGGCAAAUGCAUUAGGGAAGGUUGCAGUUGACAAGAACACACUGAGAAACCCUCACAUUAAGAGGACAAAGAACAUCUGAAUCCCAGUACAUUAUACACCUAAGUUAAUUAUAUGACCAUUGUGAUUCUCUACCAGAUCAGUCUUGCGGGGGGGG